CACUAUACUUUGGCAUCAAAGUCCCAAAGUCCCUACACAUGCUUCAGUAUCAGUAUCACAUUAUCUACCAAGUCUGAUGGCUUGUAAAGGUUCAUCUUGAUUUAUGCCCACCAGACAAGUCGUAAGUCGUACUUCCAGCAGCAGUGUGAGGCCGACAGAAUGCUAACAUUUUUUAAGUGCAAUUGUCAUUCGUUUCUUUCUUUUUCCCCCUGGCGGAUGCACAAUAACAUUUUUACAAUUUUUAUCCGUCAAAAUUUGGAAGGGUGUUAGUUACGAACUUAAGAUGCUAUCUAUUUUUCCUUCUACGUGUCCUACAACAAAAAGGCAUCCAUGUAACCCAUCCUAAGGACUAUACGGUAAUGUCAACUAAUGGUCCAAAGCCUGAGAAGCCUAGCCCCACUAACCUCCCAUAAGUUCACUUAAAUGGGGUGCCCGUGUUGCGAAUUUAAGUCGAGUAAUCUUUUAUUGAUCCGUUCAAUAGGAUUUUGAAGGUUGAGAACUGAAUUAUUUAAUUUUUGAAUGAAGAAGAUAUUGAAAUUGAUCGAAUCAGAUCGAUUUAAUAGAGUAUUUGAAUAGUUCUCAACUGGUAAUUUGUUUGACUGAUUGUGUUUGGAAGGAAUUUGUGAUCAGUUUGAUCACUUAUGUGAUGGUUAGUCUUAAUUUUAACAAAUUGUGAAUUGUAGGAAACCAAUUUCAAAUUCUUUGUACAAACAUUGUGACUGAUAACUACAUUUUUGUUUGCGACUGAUAACUACAUUUUACCAUCGUAUAGAAGGCCUCCCUAAAGGUCGGCCAAUUAUUUUGUGGUCCACGGAGAACUUAAUGAAAGAGAAGAUACAUGGAUAUGUUGUACCAGUAAUAAUUACGAUACGUAAUUAAUUUGACGUUUGACGUGGAAUUGAAAAUGUUGCAAUAGAUGCAGAAUGACAAGAACUUGUACUGCAACUGAGUACGAAGAGGCGUAAAAGGGCAGACUAUUUUCCUUGGAUUCAAACAAUCCCAACUUAACUCAAGGCAGGGGGCGUGUAUUAGGCCAUUAGGGUACAUGGAAAAUACUACGAUCUAAAUUAUCUAAUGUAAUCCCUUGAAAAUUUCCAUACAACAAAAUACCUUCGAGAAUACAGCAGGGGACGUUCAUGUUUCAAUCUUUGCAAAUUCUUCUUGAGUUGUCAACAUGAUGUACGUACUGUGGAGUGCGGAGUCUACUGUCUUCCUUUUAGUUGGUAAAAAAUGUCACUGAUUGACUCUUUAGCACAUCGCAAUCCCAGGGUCGGCUUCUCUUCGCACAGCAAUGAAAAAUGAUGAAGCCAGAAAUCAGCUUAAAGUUCCAUAACCAUCUCAGCUGCAAAAGGUGAAAAAUUGGGUAGCCACCACGUGAACAUUGGUCUUCACGCUCUUAUAACCUUUACACGUUGCAUAAAUAGCAGUUACACGUGGUAAUCCAUGCACCUUGCUUAAUCACAUAGUUACCACGUGUUUGGAUUUGUUUUCCGUCUACCUUUCCAAAUAUAUAUUUAUAUAGUGCGGCUGUAAACCGGAAUCAGUUAGGGAAGAAGCUAGAGUCUCAACAUAUAUCUAUCACCUCCGAAAAAGAUACAAGAGAUUUGAGAGAUGUCAGGAGCACAAGGAGCACAGCCACCGGGGUCAUUCACAGCAACAACAUAUGAGUCGGUAGGAGGAGAAAACAAAACUAAGACUGAUAUUCAUUCAAAAGAAGAUGUUGGUGGGAUUCAGAUUGAUAAAUUACAAGACAAAGUUGAAGAUGCUGCUGGUCUAGGUGGGCCUGUCUUUGGUGCUGGAGCUGGUGAUGAUGAUAAUCAAAAUGAUCAGAGUGUGGGUAAACAAGAUCUUGGUGUUACUGGAACUGCUUAGUUAAGUUGGCCUAUGUUAGUUUGUUAUCAACUAAUUUCAAUGAGUGUGUAGAGUUUGUUUAGUUAUAUAUUCGACAGAUUAUGUAAACUUUGUGUUUGAUCGAUGGACGUAAUGUUGAAUAAAUAU